GCGCGCACAGAGACAGACGGACAUGAAGCUCGUGUAGAAAAGCAGACCAGUGCUGCUGCUGCUGUUUUUAUUGAAGUCGCUCUCCACGCUGCUGGACUAAACAUGCUUCACUGACGGACACCGACAGCUGCACCGGGCCGUGACCGCGUCCAUCCACCGACGGCGUCAUGCACUGACUCGGAUGUGAGAGCGCUCUGCCGGGGCGUUGGCAUGGCCCAGGGAUGAAUGGCGACGGGGCGCCCAGCAGCCCGGAGCUCUCCUCCUCGUGCCCACCGCCCGACUGGAAGGAGUUCUGCGAGCUGCAUGCCCGCGCCUCCGCCGCCGACUUUGCCCACAAGUUCCGUCGCUUCAUCAGCGAGAACCCGUGCUACGACUCGCCGGGUGCCGACGCCAGCUUCUCUCAGCACUUCGCCCGCCACUUCCUGGACUGUUUCGUGGCUGCCCUCAGCCAGGCGCGGGAGCCGGGCUCUCCAGGCUCCGCCCCCAAGUAUAGCAUUGUGCCCUUCGCCGGCCUCCGGAGCUGUCCGCCGCCCUACGGCCACGACCUCUACCAGCGGCGCAAGGACGCGGGCGCCUCCAGCGAAUCACUGGACAGCAUGGACAGCGUGGGAGGAGGGGGUGCUGGAGGAAGCUCCGCCUCCCACAAGGUGUCAGCCUUGGGCCAGUCACGGAGCUCAGAGGACGUGUCUCUGGGCCAUCACCACCCCAAAGCACGCUUCAAGAAGGGCUUCUCGCUGCGCAACAUGAGCCUGUGCGUGAUGGACGGGGUCAGGGAGAUCUGGCACCGCCGAGCGUCUCCAGAAGGGGACAGGAAGGCAAACGGAGGGGAGGCUGGCGGUCCUGACCGCUGGAGCCAGAAGCUGAGGUUGGCACGCGGUUCACAGAGCCACCGGGGGGCCGAGCUGCUGGAGAUCCAGAGGGAGGGGGCGCUGCGCUACAUGGUGGCCGACGACACCAACUGCGUGGGGACGGCGCAGUGGCAGAAGUGCAGGCUGCUGCUCAGGAAGACGGGAGCCGCCUCGGAAGGCGGCGAAAAGUUCUUGCUCGAGUUCUACGUGCCGCCAAAGUCCUCCAAGCCCAAGGUUAGCGUGCCUCUGUCGGCCAUCGUGGAAGUGAGGACCACGAUGCCUCUGGAGAUGCCGGACAAAGACAAUACCUUUGUGCUGAAGGUGGAAAAUGGCGGGGAGUACAUCUUGGAGACCAUCGACUCUCUGCAGAAAAACUCCUGGGUCGCCGACAUCCAGGACUGCAUAGACCCCGGGGACAGUGGUGAUGAUAUUGAACUUGCCUCAUGUCCACAUGGCCAACCUUCCAAAGAAUUCUCCAUGGUGGCCUCCUGCAGUUGUGAGCUCCUGUCUGAAGGUGUACAUCGGGCUCCUGAGAGGCUGUGUGCCACAGCUGCUGACCAUUACAGCGCCCCCACUGUCCGCUGCAGGGAACUGCCGUUCACACAGCACCCCUCUCAUGUGCCCUUAGAGCGAUUCCUCCAGUCUCCAGAGGCUCAGAGUGCUAGCCCACCACCAGGAGGUCCUGGCGAGCCCCCAGGGGAGACAGAGGGCGACGGCAGCCUGGUGGGUUACCCAUGGUUCCACGGGACGCUGUCACGUGUGCGGGCGGCUCAGCUGGUGCUGGCUGGCGGCGCUCGAAGCCACGGCCUGUUCGUGAUCCGCCAGAGUGAGACGCGGCCGGGAGAAUACGUCCUCACCUUUAACUUUCAGGGCAAAGCCAAGCACCUGCGCUUGUCUGUGAAUGAAAACGGACAGUGCCAUGUGCAUCACCUCUGGUUCCAGACGGUGUGCGACAUGCUGAGGCACUUCCACGCCCACCCCAUCCCGCUGGAGUCCGGCGGCUCAGCUGACAUCACGCUCCGCUCAUACGUCCAGGUGCAGCGCAGCCCUACAGAUGUUCCCCAUGUUCCCGCUCCCCCACGUGAGGCACCCAGCUGCCGGACAGAAGCCACCCAGCUGAACCACCACCACCUCCCCAGCGUCCCGCAGCCUCCAGCGGCCCCCUCAUCCGACGGCCCGCUCUCCUCCAGCUCCUCUUCCUCCCCCACGGCUCAGCCGCCAGGAGGCCUGGGUGGAGGCCUCCACAGCCGGAGCAACAGCGCAGAGAGGCUGCUGGAGCCCCCUGCUGGCGGCACAGAGGAGUACCACGAUGGUGAAGGCGCACGGAGGACAAGAGCUGUGGAGAACCAGUACUCUUUCUACUGAAAGGUCCAGCAGCCCUGGACUCUUGCAGUGGUGGUCCAGAAGAACCCCUGCCCUUCAUAUUUUGUUGUUUUCCCUGCUCCCACCACACCUGAUCCAACUAAUCAGCUCAUAGGGAUGCAAAAUAUCUGACCUCACAGCAGUUUGAUGCAAUUCUGAUUCUUCAGGAACCGUUAAGAAAU